GUCAUCAUUAGUCGUAUUUAGGUUUGUCUUUGACCUUGCUUAGAGUCCUCAACGGGGAGUUUUGUUUAGCUUUUUAGUUCUCGAAGAUUGGUUAUUGUUAAGUUCUUUGUUGUUCAUAUCGACUGUCUUGUGAGAUUGUUCUGGUUGGCGCUCUAAAAAUAUGUUUAUUUUGCCAAGGUCAGUUAUCUCGUAGGCCCAAAUAUGCCUACCGAUGGGGUAUUGAAGAGUGUGUACUUAGGAGCUGAAUUAUUAGAAGAGGUUCUGAGUCUCAGAGAGUGAAACAAAGUUCCUGAGUAGACUCCCAUACUUUGCGCGAGUUGCUCAAGUUAGUUAACUCUAACUGUCCAACAUUAUAGAUAAAGGACGUUGCAUAUGGUAAAUUAACACAUCAUGAAAUCUUUAACAAGAUUGGUGGCUUAAGAGUAUUUUAGCAGAGGACAACGUCAAGGUGAAGCUGGGUUACUCGAUGCAAAUCACGGUCAGGAUUUAACACGACCUCCUGACUGAAAAACCUAUAAAACUAAUUUCCACAUCACGGAAAGAGUAGACUGAAUCAGAAGUUUUGACUUUAAAAUGUUUCAUUUAGAGCUAGAUUCCUCUAACAUCUCAGGAACAAUGCAUGAAUAUAUAAAGACUUAUGUUUAAUAGAUCUUGGUGUAUAAAAUGUAUAAAGUGUCAUUUAUUUCGUCACUUAGAAACGGAUGAAUGUCAGUCCAAUCCCUGCCAAAACGGUGGAACUUGCAUAGAUGGCGUAUAUAACUUUACUUGUGCGUGUUCCAGCUAUCAUUCAGGAUCACGAUGUGAAGUUGCAACCGCCACAUCCUGCAAGAGUCACUAUGCAGUGGGAAGGACCUCAAGCGGAACUUAUUACUUAAGUGUAUCAGGGUAUACUUUCCAGGUUUAUUGCGACAUGUCGGGAAACUCAGGUGGAUGGACACUCAUUGCUCGGUUUUCUAAUGUUGACGGAAAAAAUUGGAUGAGAGAUGACGCUUACUGGUGGUACGAUAUUCAGUCCUCCCAAGGGUCCCUUACAAGUACAUCCACUAACUUUGACAUGAUCUCAGAAGCAUUCUGGAGGGUGCAGGGAAGCGAGAUUAAAAUCACACGCAGUGACGAUAGCGCUCACUCUGCUCUUCUUCGUACAUAUAACAACUGCUUUGGUGGAAAAACAUUCAGAGGAUUCAUGUCCGCUUAUGGGAAGUUUAGUUACCGUAACGUUUGGUCCGAUAAUCAGUGUCUUGGUAGCUGCCCAGUGCAUUAUGGUGGAUUGUACCAGACCACUGUUGGAUUUAGUCAAGCACACUGCAGUGGCAAUAUUCAAGGAAGCUACCGCAUUGGAUUCUGGUGUCAGUGGGAUACAGGCGAUGGUUCAGUUAUGAUGUUUGGAGGAGGAGGAAGUGGAUGCAACCGAGCGGAUCAUGGUAUUGGGAUCACUGAGAAUAACUACGGAGGAUUUGAAGAAUGGAGUGGUAGUGGGGAGGAGCUUGAUUUUGGAAAUGAAGCCCACAUCUCUCCCACUACUUCUUACGCCUUGAAUUUAUGGAUUCGUUAGAACGAGAAACAUUCAUUGCUAAUUUAAUCCAGGUAUGAUGACAUCUUGUGUACAAAAAAAAGAUCAGGCUGUAUCUUCCAAAGCCUUUUUUAGCUUGUUAAAGUAGAAAGGGAACCCUAGUCGUAGACUUAGAAAGCUCUUUCCUCACUGAUUGUCGCACAAUUAUUCCAUGAGCGUGCGUUGAACACGAGAUGUUAAAUAGCCAGGGAGGCGUGUAACGCCGAGCUGGUUAUAAUUAAUCUCAUAUCCAACAUGCGCGAAGGGAAUAAUUGCUUUAUUCAAUUUUCCACCUUGGGAAAUAGGCUAACAGUUGUCAAUGCCAUGGUUGUCAACUAUCCAACGGUUAGUAUGUGACUGGGAGGGGGAGGGGAGACGUGCUUUGAUGCGAUUUUUCACGAGAUAUUGUCGUUGCACACCAAGAUCUCAUUUACUAAAGCAGAAAUCCUCAA